CUCUCUACAAGUGGUUUUUGAAACAAAGGAGUAAAAAUGUGCCUAUAUCCGUCGGUAUCGUCAAAGCAAAAGCUCGCAAGCUCCAUGAGAAAAUAAGAGAAGAGACAGGAUGUUUUCAUGCAAGUAAUGGUUGGGUAUCUAAUUUCAAAAAGCGAUAUGGCCUCCGCCACUUGAAAAUUUUUGGAGAGAAGCUUUCCAAUAAGACAGCGUCCGUCGGCCCAUUUGUAAUACGUUUUAGAAAUAAAAUCAAGGAGCUUGAUCUUUCUGCAGAACAAAUUUACAAUGCCGACGAGUCCGGAUUGUUUUUCAGGCAGAUACCAGAUAAAACGUUGGUGAGCUUCAAGGAAUCAUCUGCUCCUGGUCGGAAAGUUAGUAAGGAAAGAAUAACAUUUCUCGCAAGCACAAAUGCUUCGGGUACGCACAAAGUUAAGCUCUUUGUCAUUGGAAAAGCAAAAAACCCUAGAGCAUUCAAAAAUUUUCAAAAAAUGCCCGUUGUCUACAAGGCUAACAAGAACUCGUGGAUGACUUAUUUGUUUUUCGAAGACUGGUUUCAUCAUACGUUUGUUCCUGAGGUACGCGAAUUUCUAGAAUCCAAGGGACUUCCCAAAAAAGCCCUAUUGGUCUGGGAUAACGCCCCGUGUCAUCCUAAAGACAAUGAGAUGAAAAGUGAUGAUGGAAUGAUAACCGUUAUGUGUCUUCCACCUAACUGUACCGCGAUUCUCCAACCAAUGGACCAAAACGUUAUUAACUUAACAAAAGUCUAUUACAAAAAAGUCUUUUGGAGCAUUUAAUAGGGAAUAAAA